AUGGCACUUGGGACCUGUCGGGCGGUUCUCAUCACUGGCUGCAACCGCGGCAUCGGCCUGGGUCUGGUGCAGGAGUUCCUGACCCGGAGCCCCGCUCCAGACCUGGUCAUCGCCACCUGCCGCCACCCCGACCAAGCACAGGAACUCCAGCAGCUAAAGGAGCAGCAUCAGCGCCUGAGAAUCCUCAAGUUGGACAUCCUGUGUGAAAACAGCAUCAAGAAGGUGGUGCAGGAAGUGGAGGCACUGGUCGGUGAACAGGGUCUUAACUGCCUCAUCAACAAUGCGGGCAUUAACAGGCUCGCCACCUUGGAGAGCGUCACGGCCAAGGAUAUGCUGGCCAUCUACGAGACCAACACGGUGGCCCAGCUCAUGGUCAGCAAGGCAUUUCUCCCCCUCCUGAGGAAGGCUGCCUGCCAAGAUGCUGUGAUGGGCAUCCAUCGGGCUGCCAUUAUCAAUGUGUCAUCCCAAUCGGCCUCCAUGCAGCUCCUCUUCCAGAACAAGAAAUCCCAGGAAGUGUAUCCUUACAGGAUAUCCAAGACGGCCCUCAAUAUGAUCACCUGCUGCCUUGCUGCUGACCUGCUCUCAGAUGGGAUCCUCUGCAUCUCUCUGCAUCCAGGCUGGAUCAAGACGGACAUGGGGGGGAGCAAGGCUCCCCUACAAUUAAAGGAGGCCAUCCCAGAGAUUCUCAAUGUCCUGGCCAAUCUCAGAGAGAAGGAUCAUGGGGCCUUCCUAGACUGGAAAGGAGAAGUGAUCCCUUGGUAGUCCUGGCUGCCUCCACCCUGGGCAGUGGGGGUCCGUCACUCUUUCACCCCCUCUUACUUACUGAAUCCCACAAACCUACGGAACCAUUCACUCCUUAGAUCUUUCCAAUCCCAGCCUCCAUCUUUACCUCAUCCCCCUCACUCACCGACUCGAUCCCCUCCUCAGGCCCUCCCUAAUGUCCCCUGGACCCCAUCACUCCCAUCAGCCCCUGGGUUUAGAGUGUUCAAGAGAUCCUGAUUAAAAAAAAAUGGGAAUGUGUUUUUCCCCCAAUCCAAA